AUGGUCAUAGUUGGAGGAGAAAGAAAGACGGAGAAGCCCUUGGAGAAGCACAUGAGGAUGUUGGAAUUGGUGAAGGCAACUCCAAUAUUGACAUCCACGUCAACAGAGACCAGGUUCACAUAUAUUUUAGUCAGGAAGCCAUCAAGUUCAUCUGAUUCAGAAUCAAAAACUUCCAUUAAUGGUGCUAGAUCCUGCAGCGUUGGCAUAAAUUUACUUUGUGCAACACCUCCAGAGGAUGCAAAGAAAUUUAAAUUAGGAUAUCUGAGAUCGUUUCGUUUGGAUCCAACUAAUUGCUAUGAAGUAGCAAAUAUUGAUGAUGGAAGAGAAGAGUUGGAAACACGAAGUCUUGUAGACGUUGUGGGAAUCGAUAAAGAUGAGCAGGUAUAUCUCUUUUUCGCUCACUAA